AUGGAAGGUGACAGCGGCUCCAGCUUCAGCUACAGCUACAGGGGGAGGCCUGGGCGUGGACGAGGCGACUUUGGUAGGAGGGAUGGUCAGCGUGGUGGAAGAAGGGAACAUGCCACCCGACGGGAGACGCCUCCGGACGAUUUCAGGGAACUGUCGGUCAUCCCCACUUUCUAUGACAUCCACACUGACAAGGACCCGUUUCUUCGCCCCAACAUCGUCCGUGGCCGCUACCCUGACGUGGACACGUAUCUGGACGUCCAGUUCAGGCUGCUGCGAGAAGACUUCGUACGGCCGCUCCGAGAGGGUAUUACUGAUUUCCUAAACAUGCGUAGACGUGGUUCGGGACGUCAGGCAGGCACGCCGCAAGACAUCUAUGUCUACUAUGACGUCCAUGUUGCCUACCCGACGUACGCUCAUAACGGUAUCGUCUACAGGAUACAGUUCGAUAGUAGCAGACCUGAGCUCCAACGGGUGAGGUGGCAACAGUCAAAACGGUUGAUCUACGGAUCCCUCGUCUGCCUCUCCAGUGACGAGUUUCAGACCAUGUUCUUCGCGACGGUCGCAAAUCGAGACCUAAAACAGCUUGGACAGGGUUGGGUGGAAGUUCGAUUCGAAGGUGAUACGUCGGAAGUGUUAGACAUCAGCCCAAUGGAGACGUUCAUCAUGGUUGAGUCAACCGCCUUCUUUGAAUCCUACAGACACGUCCUGAAAGGUCUUCAAGAGGUUGACCAGAACACAAUGCCGUUCCUCAAGUACAUCGUGGACUGUGACUGCGCUAACGGCGUCGACCCACCAGCCUAUCUUCGGGGUGUCACAUACGACCUAUCAGUUGUUGCUGAAAACGUGCAUGGCAGUCGUACUCGUUCAGUUCGUUCAGUUCCCGUCCUUCGGGACAACAUGUGGCCAUCAGCGGAAGAUUUGAAUUUUGACGAGUCCCAGUACCGCGCCUUCAAGUUGGGACUGACUAAAGAAUUCGCCAUCAUACAAGGUCCGCCAGGAACUGGGAAGACCUACAUUGGGCUCAAGAUCAUCGAAGUUCUGCUGAAAAACAGUCAUAAGUGGCGAGGAGUCCAAAGAGGUCUAGAAGCGGCUGGGCCCAUCCUUGUGGUCUGUUACACAAAUCAUGCCCUUGACCAAUUUCUUGAAGGAAUAGCAGAUUCCUACCACAAAGGCAUCGUAAGAGUUGGAGGGCAAAGCAAGAGUGAGAAGCUAAAGCAGUUUAAUCUCAAAAACAUCAGGAACAAGAGACGCCAGAAGAAAAAGCACAAGGGAGCUGCCGAUGCAACACGAAAAAUGAAACGUCUUCAGGAGCAGAUGGAUGUCUAUCUGGAUCAGUUGACGGCAACGCAAAAUGGACUCCUUCAUGAAGACACCCUGAUGUUGGACCAACGUCACAGGGACAGUUUGAUGCAGGGAUCGGCCAAGCAAAACGAGGACAGGUGGAUGCUAGGUGGAAAGAAAAGGGAAUCUGUAAUAGUGGACUGGCUAGGUCUUGGAGAGCAAGCCCUGCCCGGAGCAGACAGGCAGAACCAUGAUGCCCAAGCAGAGGACGAGGAGGAAGUUGGGAUAGAAAUCAUGGACAUCCCAGAAGAACAGCGACUCCUCGACGACGUCGAACCGCUGUACGGUCGUGGAAACAGCAGACAACACAGAAGGAACUACAACAGCGUGGUAGACCUGGCCCUAGACCUCGAGAAUAUGCAGAUCAAAGACCGUCGGGCUGGGGAUCCCGAAGGAUGGCAGGUUCAAUCCAAUAAGAAGAAAAGGAGAAAUGAGCUACGGCGUGAACUCAGUAAGACGGAGAUGAUGACCCAAGAAGAAGUUCGAAACGUCCCAAACAUCUGGAAGCUGCAACUGAACGAUCGAUGGCGCCUCUAUCGUUACUGGUUAGCCAAGUACCACGCGCAUCACAGGCAGUUUAUACGAAAGUAUGUAGACCAAUACGAGGAAGUUGCCCGUCGACUUGAAGGGUACAGAAAUGAGGAAGAUCGAAGGAUUAUGGAAGAAGCAUGUGUCGUCGGAAUGACCACUACUGGUGCGGCCAAAUACCACUCGAUCCUGCAAGACAUUCAACCUGCCAUUGUCAUUGUAGAGGAGGCAGCAGAAGUUCUGGAGGCCCACAUCGUUACAACGCUGUCUCAACACUGCCAACACCUCAUACUCAUCGGGGAUCACCAACAGCUCCGUCCCAAGCCAACUGUUUACGACCUGGAGACGAACUACAACAUGGGUAUCUCCCUAUUCGAACGUAUGAUAAUGAAUGGCAUGCAGUGUCAGCGGCUUCAGUCUCAGCAUCGCAUGCGGCCAGAGUUCGCACGGCUCCUGACGCCGCACAUCUACGAGUCGCUGGACAACCACGAAUCCGUGCUCAACUUCGACAACAUCAAGGGCGUCUCGUCCAACAUGUUCUUUGUGAAUCACACCCACAGGGAGGAACAGAAGAGAGACACGAAGAGCCGGUCCAAUAUGCACGAGGCGGAAUUCAUGGCCGCUUUCUGUCGCUACCUGCUGCAGCAAGGAUACAGCCCGUCCCAAAUCACCAUCCUCACCACCUACACGGGCCAACUACAGAACUUCAAGAAGGCCAUGCCGCGGCAGGUCUUUGAUGGUGUGCGCGUCUCCACCGUGGACAGCUUUCAGGGAGAGGAAAGUGACAUCAUCCUGUUGUCAUUGGUGCGGAGCAAUGACGAGGGCAACGUGGGAUUUCUCAAGGUAGACAACCGUGUUUGCGUUGCUCUCUCAAGAGCGAAGAAGGGUUUCUUCACUAUAGGCAACUUGAUGAUGUUGGCAAAGGCGAGCACAUUAUGGAUCAAGAUCAUCCAGGAACUUCUACAGCAAAAGAGUGUGGGUGAAAGUCUAACGCUGAGCUGCCAAAAUCACCCAGACAGCGAGAUUCUCGUGUCAACCAGCGACGACUUUGAGAAAGCACCGAACGGAGGAUGCAUGCGGCCGUGUACCUUCAGGUUACAGUGUGGCCAUGUCUGUGAAAUGCGCUGCCACCCGACUGAUCCGGAUCAUGAAGAGUACAAGUGCCAAAAGCCCUGUGACAAAGUCAUUUGUGACCUCGGACACAGAUGUCAGAGGCUUUGCAGUCAGCCUUGCGGUAAAUGUCAAGUAUUGGUCGACAAGACAUUUCCCAGAUGUCCACACAAGCAGACGAUCCCGUGCUACAAAAAAGACGACGACGACCUUGUCUGCAACGCCCCGUGCACUCGACUGUUUAAAUGCGGCCACCGUUGUGCUGGUACAUGUGAUAGUUGCAGGCAAAGGAGAAUGCACGAGCCCUGUAGGGAACCGUGCAAUCGUGUGCUUGUCUGCUCCCACCAAUGCUCGGCACCAUGCGGGGAGCCAUGUGCACCUUGCCAGAUGCCAUGCGAGUGGAGAUGUAGACAUUAUCAAUGUGAAAUGCCGUGUGGUGAGCCCUGCGACCGUCCUCGGUGUAAUCGACCCUGCCGGAAGACCCGACGUUGUGGCAAGUGUAAGAAAGCCCGGCCAUGCAUCGGUAUGUGCGGGGAGCCAUGCCCGGACAAGUGCCGAAUUUGUGAUCGUGAAGAGUUGACAGAAAUCAUCUUCGGCAUCGAGGAUGAGCCCGACGCCCGAUUCUUGCAGCUGCAGGAUUGCGGUCACGUGAUAGAGGUUCGUGGACUGGACCAGUGGAUGGACAUCACCGACAGAAACAUCCGACUCAAAACCUGCCCGAAAUGCAAGACGCCAAUACGACACAACCUGCGCUACGGGAACACCAUCAAGAAGACGAUGGAGAAGAUCAAGAAGGUACAGAACGUUCCAAAUACACAGAGAGAAACCCCUACAAACAGGUUGUUGGAUAAGAACAGAUCUAGAGGUGUCGACCAGCGAGAGUAUCGACGCGCACAGUCCGCGGCUAGUUUUUGGCAUGACCAGCAAGUGGAAAGUCGUCUGUCUUCACCACCAGACCACCAAGGGACCAUGAAGAAAAUGGUGAGACGUAAGGAAGACAAGGGGGAAGAAAACGAGCGCAAAAUCACGGAAUUGCAACGGGAUAUCGAUGAUCUGGAGAAGUGGCUGCUUCAGCAUGGGACGGCCGAUGUGAGUAAACAGGAGAGGCAGAAGUUUGGGGGAGAGUUGACCCGACUGAAAUAUCUCCUGAAGCUCCGCAUCCUACAGAGGCGAAUCCGGAAGAAUGGAAUCAGCCUGGACGAACUGGAACAGAAGUACCUUGCCAUGGCGGAGCGCAGGCUGACCGCGGGCGAACCUCUCACGGAGCAGAAGGAGGAAUUUAUAAAGCAUGUUCUAUCAAGACUAUCAUGGUGCUGACCAUGGAAGUCUCUGCACUGGAUAGUGCCGUAUGUAGCAAUGUCAUGAUGAUAUUUUGUAUUAUUUUUUUAUGCUCAAAUGUGACAUGGUACUAAUAUUUGAUAAUAUGACUUCCAAAUCUUGACGCCUUCUUUCUAUAUUUUGUGUAUAUUUGAUACUAGAAGCAUUAUUGCAAAUGAGACUUUAUUUCAUGCAUGUAAAGUUGUAAACCCACCUUAUUCAACUGUUGUCGACAUAAGUGCCGGUACUACGGUGGCUACUACCUUAUAUUCUGUUUGUGUACAUAGGCGGGAAGUGGUCUUCUCUUCGGAGCGUGCGAAGAAGAGAAUGACUAAUUUGUUUGUGUCGUUUGAAAUAGUAUGGUUUAUCAACUUUUGUGGUUUAUCGAACUAUUUGGAAUAGUUUAUUAUUGUAAUCUGACAAUGGAUGCUGUGAUAUGAUGAAUGGCUUCCGUCACAUUGUAACAUAUCCCUUUGUGAUAUUGAUCAUGAUUAAUGCAGAAAGUGUUUGCGUUCGCACUUAAAGCACAAUUUGUGGAACAAUCUUAUGUAAUAUGGACAUGGGUGUGAAAUUUUAAGUCAGACCCGUUUAUAUAGUUUUCAUGUUUGGA